AUGGAGGGGAACACGCACCUCCUCCAGGUCAUCCGUGAGAUGCACUCCCAGAUCGACAAGCUGGAGCGGGAGAACCGGGCGCUGAGAGAGGAGCUGCACGCCUGCGGGCUGAGUGCCGCUGUGGGGGGCAGCAGGAGGGAGAUGGGCAGCCUGCCCUGCCCCACAGAAGGAUCGGACGCAUCGCCCGCAGCCCCAGUGGAUCAGGCAGGUACUGUGAUGUUCGUGUGUGACUCCAGUUGGGCUGUUAUGGAUCUGCAGGGAGACGGAGACACCACCAUGACGGUGCGGCGCUACUCCACCGCGGCAUCGGCACCCUCAAGGCCUCUCCAUGCCGGCAAGCGGCCCCCGAGCAGCGGGCAGCUGGAGGAGCGGGGCAGGGCCGAGCCGCACGCCUGUCCCACUGCAGAGCAGCACCCCAGCGAUGUGAGCAGAGGCCUUGGGAAGGGCCCAGCCAACUGCUUCUCCAGCAGCACUUCCAGCAAAAUGAGGCUGUUCCAGGAGCACGUCCGCAGGUGCAGGGGUAAAGUAAAGGCUGUUAGUUUCCUCUUACCAACGGAUGUGUCCUAUGCUGGAAAUCAAGGUUCUUUCAAAAGCCCCCCAAAUCAGGACACCAAACAGUUAAGUACCAUCACCGAAAGGGAUAUGUGA